GCCCCGAAUUGGAAGCAUGUUCUUCAAAAUAUGGAUUCUUUUUUCCCGAUUUAGUUCAUGGAUCCAAAGGUUAUAAAUGCUAAAACUUUACUAAAUGAAUUAAAAAUUCGAUCCGUUGUUCAAAAAAUUGUACUACAGAUGAACUGUAAGAUUGGAGGCUCAUUGUGGACGGUAAAAAUUCCAUUUAAAAACGUAAUGAUUUGCGGAAUAGACUCAUAUCAUGACCCAUCAAAUCGGGGCAAUUCUGUUGCUGCAUUUGUGGCCUCCACAAAUUCGUCAUACUCACAAUGGUACAGUAAGGCUGUUGUACAAACAAAACAUGAAGAAAUUGUUAAUGGACUUUCUGCAUCUUUUGAAACUGCUCUACAAAUUUAUCAUGAAAGGAAUGGAAAACUCCCCGAAAAUGUUAUAAUAUACAGAGAUGGAAUUGGAGAUGGCCAGCUGAAUACUUGUCUAAAUUACGAAAUUCCACAAUUUGAAGUGGUUUGUGGAAAUCGCAUAAAAAUUACAUUUGUUGUAGUCCAAAAACGAAUCAAUACUCGCAUUUUCUCGGGAAGUGGCAUUCAACUUGAAAACCCAUUGCCAGGAACUGUCAUUGAUCAACAUAUAACAAAAUCAAAAAUGUACGAUUUUUUUUUGGUUUCGCAAUUGGUACGACAGGGUACAGUAACCCCAACUCAUUAUGUUGUUCUAAGAGAUGACUGCAAUUAUGGACCGGACAUAAUUCAAAAGUUAAGUUAUAAACUUUGUUUCUUAUAUUACAAUUGGGCUGGUACAGUACAAAUUCCAGCUUCUUGUAUGUACGCUCAUAAAUUGGCUUAUUUGAUUGGACAAAGUAUUCAACGAGAUGUGGCUGGAGCACUUUUGGAAAAACUGUUUUAUCUUUAAAUUUUAAAAUAAAAACCUGUUCAUAAAAUUAUCUAGACUAAAGUUUAAC